UUCUUUCUUCCUUUCGAAGAAGUUAGCGUUCGUUACCUUUCUCUCUCUCCUGCCUGUCCACCGGCCGCCGGCGCCUUUUUAUCGGAUUCGCUUCUCUUCAGUUGCAAGGUUAAGAUGAUUUUGAUGAUAUAUUGUAGUGAAGCCUGGGCGCUGGUCUAGUACCUUGCUUCCUGCACUCCGUCCAUAGGAUAAAUGGGUUGUUUCAGCUCUAAAGUAAGAAGACAAUUUCCUGGGCAUGAGGAUCCUGUGACUCUCGCAUCACAGACAGCUUUCACUGUUAGCGAGGUUGAAGCACUGUUUGAGCUAUUUAAGAGCAUAAGUGGUUCUGUUGUUGACGAUGGACUAAUAAGCAAGGAAGAAUUUCAGCUGGCAAUUUUCAAAAAUAGGAAGAGGGAGAAUCUCUUUGCAAAUCGGAUCUUUGAUCUGUUUGAUGUUAAAAAGAAGGGAGUCAUUGAUUUCGGUGAUUUUGUUAGAUCACUCAAUGUGUUCCAUCCAAAUGCACCACAAGAAGACAAGAUAGAUUUUUCAUUUAGGCUUUACGAUUUGGACAGCACAGGCUUCAUAGAGCGGCAAGAGGUCAAGCAAAUGUUAAUUGCCCUUCUUUGUGAGUCUGAAAUGAAGCUGGCGGAUGAGACCAUAGAAGCAAUUCUUGAUAAGACAUUUUUGGACGCUGAUCUGAACAAAGAUGGGAAGAUAGACAAGGCAGAAUGGCAAGACUUCGUUUCAAAGAAUCCAUCACUACUAAAAAUCAUGACCCUACCCUACCUGAGGGACAUAACGACGACUUUCCCAAGCUUUGUAUUUAAUUCCGAGGUUGAUGAAAUUGCUACUUGAGAUUUAAGAUUUGAGAGCAUACGGGUUUAGUUUAUGCAAUUAGCAAUCAAAUUGAGUGCUUUUCUUAUGUUUUUGAAUGGUAGAGUUUGCAAGAGUAAUAUAUGGUUACUGUAAUUAGCUUUUCUCAGCAAUCUGUAAAUCACAUUCUUAUUGAAAUUUCCAGUCAGUAUUUUUAUUGGUGCUCGAA